AAAUUUUAUAAAAAAUUGAUUAUUGUCAAAUAACUCAAUUUCUCUUGAAUUAAAUGUCCUUAAACUAAAUUUUACCGUCGUUCCUCCUCAAAACCCUCCCGUGUGUGUUUCGAAGCUGCACGGAGACUCAUCAAUGGCUGACGAGGCGGGGAGUUCAUCGAUGGCUUCAUUGAAAGAUGACAAGCCUGUGAUUGUUAGGGUUAAACGGAAAAGCUAUCAGUCGCCACUCGAAGCUUUUUGGCUUGAAGUCAAUGAAAGACCAGUGAAGCGACCAUUGUUAGAUUUUGAGAAACUAUCUAUCAACAAUGCAACGUCCCAAGUUGAGGAAGUGAAGCCCAAAAAGUUUUUUGUUCAACAUGUGGAUACUGUGAGCAGCUCUGAUGUUACUGUUGAUGUUCUUCAGUCAUUUGUGGCUAGUAAGCCUACUUCUGCUGAUGCACUUGAUUCUAAAGCAAAAGUUGAGGACCAAAGGCGUAGUAAUAAGACUGAAAAUAAACAGAAGCAGUUGCUGGUAAAAGCUAAAGAAACACAAGAGAUUUUGGCAAAGAAUGCACGCUUUGAGCAAAUAUGGAAGAGUCGAAAGGGGAAAGACACUGCUGCUUCUGAUGAUGCAUUGCGUGACGUGUGUCAUCUUUAUGAUGUUGUACGUGUGGAUGCUGGGGAGACUAGUGGGGUCCACGAGGAAGAAGAUGAGGAGGAUGAAAGGCUAUUGCACAGUUUCUUGCCUCUAUUACGGGAGUUCAUUCCAAGUGCUGCAGAAGAUAUUGAAUCUGAAAUCGACUAUCAAAUGAUAAAAAAAGCAUCGAAGGAUGAGUAUGUAUAUGAUUUGUAUGCUGUGAAGGAUGGAAACAUGAGCAUGAUGGCUGAAAACACAUCAUCCCCAUUUCCAUUCGUCCAAGUCAAUGAAGACGAUGAUUUCUACGAUGGCCCGGAUAAUUCAGACUAUGAAACCGAUGAUUCCAAUGCUGAGGACAAUCCCAUGAAUGAUUAUCCUGAUGAAGAGGAAGAAGAAGCGAGUGAAAGUGGUGAUGAAAAUUCAGAGGAUGAAGAUGAAGAAGAAGAAAAAGAAUCUUCAAAAUCGGGAAGCAUAGGAGGCGAGGAGUUGUCUGAAGAUGAAAAUGAGAUGCUGACAAAUUUUGAUGAAGAUGAAGAUGAAGAUGAUGAUGAGAUGUAUUGGUAAUGAGUUUAGGGUUCUGUAUUAUUUUUGUAUAUGAAACAUGUUGUUUGAUCGUUCAUAGUUUGUGUUGACAAUAGGUAGUUGGAUAUUUGCUGCUUUUGUUGUUGAUUUUUGGUAUACUUUUCCCUUGCAAAACCUUGAGUGGAUAUAUAAUAUAGAUAUAUGUGGAGGCUAGUAAACUG